GGAGCGGAAGCGGGGCCAUGCGGGAGGCAGCAUGGCGACAGCCGGCAAGAGGAGCCUGGGGGAGCUGAGCGUGGAUGAGUUCCUCACGGCCGGGUUUGGGUCGGAACCUGAGGGCGGUUCGGAGGAGGAGGACGCCAGGCCCAGCAAGGGAACCGCGGCCCGGAGGCGGCGGAGCGGGAAGGCGGCGGAGGGGAAGGGCCCGGCGGCUGUGAGGAAGAAGGGAAAGGCAUCUGAACAUAAAGAUCAGCUCUCCCGGCUGAAGGACAAAGAUCCUGAAUUUUACAAGUUUUUGGAGGAAAACGAUCGCACGUUGCUGAAUUUUGAUGCUUCAGACAGUUCUGAGGAGGAGGAGGAGAAGUUUCAUGUACCACCUGAUACACUGGAGGAAGCAAGUGAUGAAGAUGAAGAAGAUGAUGAAGAAGAGGAAAAAGUCAAACGGAAGAGAGUCAGUCUCAUCCCUGUGAGCCUGAAAAUGGUUGAACGAUGGAAAAAAUGUGCGGAGAGAAACCUAACACCAAAACUUUUCCAUGAAAUCACUCAAGCCUUCAAAGCAGCUGUAGCAACCACCAAAGGAGAUCAUGGGGCUGAUCCCAGCAAGUUUCAAGUCACUGAUGCUUCAGUGUUCAAUGCCCUUGUGUCCUUCUGUAUCCGGGACCUCUUCCACUACCUGCAGGAGCUGCUUCUUCUGAAAACCCCAAAGAACAAACUAAAAUUGGUUCUCCCUUCCACCAGCCCACUCUGGAGCAAGCUGCGACAGGACAUAAAAGUGUUCCUCAGCUCUACCAUCCAGCUCCUCUCCUGUUUAACAGAAGCCUCAGUUGGUGCAGCAGUCCUUCAGCAUGUCAUUUCCACAGUGCCUUAUUACUUGUCCUUUCCCAAGCAGUGCCGUGCACUCCUCAAGCAAACAAUUAAUUUGUGGAGCACAGGUGAGGAAACAGUGAGAGUACUGGCCUUCCUUGUGCUGAACAAGAUCUGUCGCUACAAGAAAGAGCUGUACCUAAGUCCUCUGCUCAAGCAAAUGUACAUUGCAUUUGUGAGGAACUCCAGAUUCACCUCUCCCAACGUUCUGCCCAUGAUCAACUUCAUGCAGAGAUCCCUGACAGAGAUGUAUGCCCUGGACACACACAUCUCUUACCAACAUGCCUUCAUCUACAUCCGCCAGCUGGCCAUCCACCUGCGCAGUGCCAUGACCAUAAAGAAGAAGGAGAAUUUUCAGUCUGUUUAUAACUGGCAGUACAUCCACUGCCUGUAUUUCUGGUGUCGGGUUCUCAGCACCAUCUACCCCAGUGAGGUCAUGGAGCCACUGAUCUAUCCCUUGACACAGGUCAUCAUUGGCUGUAUAAAGCUGGUCCCAACGGCUCGUUUCUACCCCCUGCGUAUGCACUGCAUCCGUGCACUUACCCUGCUGUCUGAGAACACCAGGACCUUCAUCCCAGUGUUGCCAUUUAUCCUGGAGGUUUUCCAGCAAGUGGAUUUUAACAAGAAGCCAGGACGUAUGAGUGUUAAACCUAUAAACUUUGCAGUCAUCUUAAAACUUUCCAAUGCCAACCUGCAGGAGAAAGCCUUCAGAGAUGGACUCCUUGACCAGCUCUAUGACCUGAUGCUUGAGUAUCUCCACUGCCAAGCCUGCAGCAUUGGAUUCCCAGAGCUGGUUCUCCCCACUGUCAUUCAGCUAAAAUCUUUCCUGAAGGAAUGCAAGGUUGCCAACUACUGCAAGCCCAUCAGGCAGCUCCUGGAGAAGCUGCAGGAAAAUGCUGCCUACAUCACCAGCAGACGUCAGAAAGCUGCCUUUGGAGUGGCCAGCAGGGAGGCUGUGAAACAAUGGGAGAAGCAGGUGAAAGAGGAGGGGACCUCUGACCAAGUAUUAGCUCAGUGGAAGAAGCUGAGAGAGAAGGAGAUACUGGAAAUCAGUGGCAAAGAAAGACUUGAAGAUUUGAACUUCCCAGAAAUUAAGCGUAGGAAGCCAGAUGAAAGGAAGGAAGAGGACAAGAAGGAAUUCAAGGACCUCUUUGAGCUGGACAGUGACUCUGAUGAGGAGAAUGUUGGAUUUCCUAUAAAAGGUAAAGGCAAAGCCAAGGAGGUGUCAGAUGAGAGCUCCGAAGCAAGCAGCAAAGAGUAUGGUGAGGAUGAUGAUGAAGAAGAAGGGGAGUACAAAAUCGAGGAUGAGGAGGAGGAAUUAGAAGAAAACAGUGACUCUGAUGAGGAAGGACAGGAAGCUGCUCAGCUGUCCCCAGGGUCACAGAAGCAGAAGAGCUGCAGACGGGGGAUGUCACGCUCUGACCUGGAGCAGCUGGCCCAGGGAGAGGAGGACAUCGUGGAGGAUCUGACCCUCUCAGAUGAUGACUGAGCCCCCUCCCAACCCCCUGCCCCCCUCCCAGUACUGCUGCCCACUGGAUCCCCCAGCACCUGCAGAUGGGGCUCAGAGGUGGUAAGAGGUGGGGAGCACAGUGGGUGGGAGCCCAACCCCAGAUGCCACCAAGGACUCUUCUGAGUGACACAGCAGAGACACUGCUUGGACUUUUGAAAGGGUGUUUUUGUUUGUUUGGGUGCAUUCUUUUUGGUCAGGUUUUGGGUUUUUUUAAUACCAGUUAUGUUUUUGUAAAAUUGUGGUCACAUCAAAGCCAGCAAAAACUGCUCAGCAUGGGUAAUAAAAAGUCCUCAUUAAAAAUCUGUGGCUUUAAACAGCACAGGGUUCAGUUUCAGCACCUGUUGGAGCCUGAGUGAGCUGCCCAAGGGGCAGGACAACUUCUGUAUAAGUCCCAGCCAGCCCUGUGGCCCCGUGUUUUGCUUUGGAGUCCUCACCAACCCCUCCUUUUGGCCAAGAAGUUUUUGGGAGUCUUUGGAGCUGUGGAUCUCCCCUGCAACAUCAGCACCUCAGUCAGUUCCAUCCAGCUGGCUGGAGGCAGAAGAAUUUAACAUCAAGUAAGUGCCUAAGGAUAUGGAGGGGAGGGUGGGAGGUUGUGAUGGAAGGAGCAAGAGGCAAAACCUAAUAAUGUAGGAAACACUUUCCUGAGGUGAUUGAUGGCUGCUGAAUUUACAUGGGAUACAUUUGUGUAGCAAAGGAUAAGUGAGCCCAGGCUGUGUAACAGAACUGAGAUCAAACAAUGUGACAUAAAAGCCACCUCUUCCUAAGGCCAAUCCCAGCUGCUGGUGGUGAACACAAUUUGGGGCUCUCAGCCUUUCCUCAGGACCCCACAGGCAACCUCUGCAUCACCUGGGGAGCUUCUGGGUGCAGCUCCUGUGUCCUCCUGCAGCAGUGCUGCUUCUGGGAGGGCACUGCACAGAGCCAGGUGGGUGACAUCUGGUGAGAGCACUGUUGGUUUACAGGACUGGCAACUUAGAAAAGAUGCACUUUUCUUUGGAAAAUAAAUCAGAAGUAGAGGGUAUUUGCUGAGAGAGGUAAGGAAAGUAAAGUAUUCUUAGGGCCUGAGAGAAUCCUGAACAUUAACUGUGCCUGUCGAGAGCAUUAUUAUUUGUUAAUGCAGAUCUUUUUUAAGAAAAGAAGAUAAAAGGCCAGGACUAAAUGUGAUUUCUUCUUCUCUGCCACCAUGCAGUGAGGUCAGCAGCAGUCUCUCAGCACUAGGGGUGCCCAAGCUGCCUGCACAGACUGGGGCAUCUCUGCCUUGUGCCCUGCAUCCAUGGUCCCUUUCAGGCAU